AUGGGUUCUCUACCAACUGGUCGUCUCAACAAGGGCAACAUCAAUCCCAAUGUCAUAGCCGCCCAGUACGCCGUUCGUGGUGAGUUGGCUGUCAAGGCAGAGGAAUAUAGAGUCAGGCUGGAACAAGGAGACAACACACUGCCUUUCGACAAGAUCAUCUUUGCGAAUAUUGGCAACCCUCAGCAACUCGAUCAGAAACCCAUCACUUUCUUCCGGCAGGUCCUUAGUGUCAUGGAAUACCCAGCAUUGCUGGAAAAAGAGGAUGUCCUGAAAUCGGAAUUUGGAUACAAGCAGGAUGUCAUUGACCGUGCAAGACAUCUUCUCAAGGAUGUUCAGAGUGUCGGUGCUUAUAGUCAAAGCUGUGGCGCUCCCGCAAUUCGAAAGAGUGUGGCUAAUUUCAUUGAACGGCGCGACGGCUUUGCUGCUGAUUUUUCACAUAUCUAUCUAUCUGCUGGAGCAUCAUCAGGGGUGAACACUCUUCUCAAUAUCUUAUGUGCCAACAAGGAUAGUGGGGUUCUUGUCCCUAUCCCACAGUACCCUCUUUACACUGCCACCCUCUCCCUUCUGAAUGCAAAAUGCGUUCCUUACUACCUGGAUGAAGAAAAGGGAUGGGGCACAGAUGUUGAGAAUAUCAGAACUGCUGUUGCCAAAGCCAAAUCAGAGGGCACAGAUGUUCGCGCCAUUGUGGUGAUCAAUCCAGGAAAUCCUACAGGUGCAUCUCUCAGCUCAGAUGCCAUAAAGCAGGUAAUAGAUCUUGCUGUUGAGGAAAACUUAGUUAUCAUGGCAGAUGAAGUAUAUCAAACAAAUGUCUUCAAGGGAGAAUUCACAUCAUUCAAGAAGAGACUACGACAACUACAACAGCAAUCACCUGGACACUAUGAUCAUGUUGAGCUUGCAUCAUUGCAUAGUGUGUCAAAAGGCAUGGUUGGCGAAUGUGGUCACCGUGGUGGCUAUUUUGAACUCGUUGGAUUUAACCCUGAGGUGGAGGAACAGAUCUAUAAGUUUAUCAGCAUCAUGCUCUGCCCCCCUGUUAUUGGCCAAUGCCUCGUUGAUUUAAUGGUCAACCCCCCUAAGCCAGGGGAGCCAAGCCAUGAACUCUAUGAAAAGGAGUAUAACUCCAUUUCAACUGGCCUACGAAACCGUGCUCUGGCUCUGUAUGAGGCAUUCAAAGCAAUGGAAGGUGUUGAAUGUCAAGAACCACAGGGUGCCAUGUAUCUUUUCCCUUCCAUUACCUUCCCCCCUAAAGUAUUCGAUGCUGCAAACGCAGCGAAUCGCAAGCCCGAUGAAUUCUACGCCCUUCGCCUUCUUGACGCUACUGGCGUUUGCCUCGUCCCAGGAUCUGGCUUCGGUCAAAAGCCCGGAACGCACCAUUUCCGCACCACCUUCCUUGCCCCUGGAACUGAUUGGGUGGAGAGAAUCGUCAGUUUCCAUAAAAAAUUUAUGGAUGAACAUAAAUGA